UUUUACGCACGGUUGUUAACCUCCAAGUUCAAGGUUCCAACCUAUAUUAGUUGAGGCAUAGGCCUAUGAUGUUUUUGUAAACCAUCUAAUGUAUAAAAUAAAGUAUUUCAAGGUUAAGUUCUAAUGUAAAAUAUAGAAUUAUUUGUGCUUAAUUCUGAACAUCUAAAAAGAUGUUUGUUUUAUUACCAAAGUGUCAAUAACGUGAAUCCCAUGAUGAGUUAGCUUAGACUAAUUUAAAAUAAGUUUUAAAUACCGAUUUUCUAAAAUAUUGUAGUGUUUCCACCUCUUACAUAUCAUAGGUUGAGCACUUUUUCAAAAUGAUAAGUCGUAAAUACAAAUGCAUUUUCAAAUUAUUGUUUGUUGUAAUAUUAAUUUUAGUAUUGAUAAUAUUGUACUAUUUACAAAAUAAUGAUGACAAAUUUACAUUUGAUUCCUUUAACAAUGUCACUGGGUCACCAUACAAAAUCAUCCCGAAUACAGUACACUACAUAAUAUUUGGCUCUUCGUCACUUAAUUUCAUUUCUUUUUUAUCAGUGGUUUCUGCAAUAAAGGUUCAGCAAGGAAAUAUAUGGAUCCACUGUGACUGCGAUGAGCUUUCGGGUCACUACUGGUCUCUGAUCAUGUCGCUGUCAAGUCUCUCGAGAGUACCAGUCAAGGUGAGCUCCAUGAGGAGACCCACCCACGUGUACGGCCAACCGCUGAGCUCGGUGUACCACUCGUCUGAUGUGGCUCGGAUACAGGUGCUGAUGGAGAGUGGUGGAGUGUAUCUGGACACAGACAUGGUUGUGCUCCAGCCCCUGGACAAGUUUCUACAUUACGAGAUGGUUGUGGGCUGGCCGUACAAGGAAUAUUUUGGAAAUCAGAUAAUGAUUGGACAUCCGAAGGCAAGAUUUCUACAGAAGUAUCUCGAGAGCUACAGGCGCUACUUGCCACGAGAGUGGUACUAUAAUGGGGGCCAAGUGCCGACGGAGCAGAUUCUGAUGCGGUCACCACACCUGGUACACCGAGUGCCGGAACUGUUCGGGGUGCACAACCUGGUGGAUCAGCUGUACGGCACGGCGCAGUGGACGGCGUGGCGGCGCUACCAUGCGGUACAUCUGCUGAGCAGGCACCAUACCGAUCCACAGCAUCUCAACGAGACGACGGUACAGCAGUAUGACCGGCCGUUUGGUGAGAUUGCUCGAUGGGUCCUGUAUGAACUCAGUCCGACCUUGGACGUUGAGAGAGCAACUUGGGUGGAAUAGCACCCCACCGAGUUAUAAAUGUUGUAGAAAAUUUGUAAAUUUUGUAAAUAUUGUUAUUUUAAAUAAUUACGAAACCGAGAACUUAAUAUACACAACUUAUGAGUCUUAACUCUUUUAUGACGAUAUACAUUUUGUAAUUUUUUCUGGCACAUACUUUUGGAAUGGCUAAUUUCUUUCUGAAGGGUGUACUGAAGAGGACAAAAGUAGAAAAGGGAAAAUGAAAAAUGUAUUAAAAUACAUUAUAAGUAUUCUAUUAUUGUAGUAUUAUUGGUUGGAAAAUAAGGAUAAAUAAAAUGAUGUAAUAACAUUACAAAAUAUCAAAUUAGCACUAAGUACAUGUGUUAUGCAAUGAGUAAAAGGUGUACAUGACGUAACAUAUUUGUUGAAAGGUUAUGGGAAGUACGUUAGAAUAAGGAUUAUAGUUUUAUGAUGUUUUGUGACUCAAACAUUGAAACAAAAACAUGACCAUGUAUAGCCCACAUUGGUUUCUUGGACAACGCAAAUUGUGGGCUAUACUUGUCCUAAAAGAUUUAAUACUACAUAUUUUUGUUGAUACUCAUUGUCUUUCCUGCUAAACUGCACAUUCCCUAUUUAAAUGUUUUUUUAUUCAAUUUAAUUGAGUAAUAAUUCUUUUCUAUUAGUGUUAGAAUUUAAAUAUGUUUUAUUUAUGGAAUGAAAAGUCCAUUGUAACCACAUAGGCAAAGAUAAUUCUAUUUGACAAAAUGCGUAAUUUUAAUUUUUUAACAUUUUUACAAAAGUUAUUUUAGAAUAAAUUCAUGUAUUAAAUAGAGUUUUUAUUGUUAUAGAGCCACUUAUUUAAUUUUAUAUCAAGACAUUAGACUACUUGAAUGUUUAAUUGUGAUUUUAACCCGGCAGUGGUCGCUGUGGGUCAUAGUGACCCGCACGUGACUUUUGUCAUCUGUCCUGACUAUACAAAAAUAUUAAUUUUUCCGGCCUUUCGCAUACCUGCCUGCCUCCCCACCCACUAUAACUCAGGGCAGUUUUGUUCAGUUUAUGCGAGACUGGUGUCCGGGAUAGACACGUGUGGGUCACCGUGACCCGCAGCGACCGUUUUCAUUAUCAAAGUGUCUUACAUCAAAUUAUUUUUUGAACAGUGUUUUUUAGCGUUUAUGGUGUUUUUAUUAAAAUUUAUAGCAUAUAAUUUUUUAUUCUAUGUUAUUGUUCAAAAACUAAGUGAAAUGGCUGAAGGCUCAAGUACAAGUGCUCCCUUUAGAGCGGCAGAGUGUGUAGUGUUGGAUGAAAACAGAAUUCUCCAGGCCCUGCAAGAAGAUGUUGAAUCCGAUGUUGAAACUGGAGCUGAAACUGAUGUUGGAAGUGACGUAGAUGAAAUAGAAGAAAGAUAGGACGAUGCCUGCAGAAAUUCAGAUACAGAGCAGAGUGACGAAGAUUCGGAAAAUGAUGGACCUGUGUCGGAUGAUGAAAUUCCUCUUGCGUAUAGAGGACAUUACCUAGGAUUACCUCAUAUUGUUUACUUAUUUAAUAUAAUUUAUUAUAAUAACAAGUUAAAGAGAAAAUCUUUAAACUUUAAGUUUUAUGAAAAAUGUAAUUUAUUUUCAGGUUUCAAUGAAGAGUGCGUCCCCGACUUGUUUUACUUCAAAAAUUUUUCUCAAGAUAAUAUUUUAAGAAUAGUGAUAAGUUUUGAUUAUUUUAA